GUCGCAUUAUUCUGACAGAUGAUGUUUUAAUCUGCAGUGCGAGGGAUGUGCAAAUUUUCUAGUCUGGAAUUAAGUAGCCGGUCCGUAGUUAGUGAUUAAUUUAUCACUUAUAUUUGCAAUGACUUAAGUGCUCUGACGCUUAAAUCAGCAAAUAAUUAGGAUUACUGACUGGUGCUAGUAUGGGCCAAGAGAUUUGGUUUAAGGCAAAAUUGUUUCCUUUUGUUACUUGAAUUAUAAAUAUAAUGUCUGCAAGUGGAGAAGCUCUCCUUUAUAACUGUCGCUCCUUGGAGCAUUCAGACAAUGGACCUGUGUACUCUCAUAUAGUUUCUGUGCGUAAUGGAGUUAAAAAUGUUAGUAAUAUUUCCAAAAAAUAUUCUAAACCGUCAAGGUCUAUGUCUACUUGUGUGCCAAGUUCUUCAUAUGAAGCAUUGCGUUAUGCAGUUGCUGCUCUUAAUCGUUUGGAUGAUUUUAAUUGUGAAAAGAUUGGAGCUGGAUUUUUUUCUGAAGUUUUUAAGGUGACUCAUCGCACUACCGGCCAGGUGAUGGUCCUGAAGAUGAACACAUCCCUUAGCAACCGAGCCAACAUGCUGCGCGAAGUUCAACUCAUGAACCGACUCUCCCAUGAAAACAUUCUCAGGUUCAUGGGAGUGUGCGUUCAUGAAGGUCAGCUGCAUGCGUUGACGGAGUACAUCAAUGGAGGUAGCUUAGAACAACUAUUACAAAACAAGCAUAUCGAACUAUCAUGGGAAACAAGAAUCAAAUUAUCAUUAGAUAUUGCUAGAGGCAUGUGUUAUCUGCAUUCACGAGGAGUUUUCCACAGAGACCUUACAUCAAAAAAUGUUUUGAUCAAGAUAGAUGAUGAAAUGACUGCUGUAGUGGGCGAUUUUGGGCUUGCAGAAAAGAUACCUGAUCCAAGGGAUCGAAGUCAACGCUUGCCUAUUGUUGGCUCUCCUUAUUGGAUGGCACCUGAAUGUUUGAAGGGACAAUGGUAUAAUGAAAAAGCUGAUGUAUUCUCAUAUGGAAUCAUAUUAUGUGAAAUAAUUGCAAGAAUCGAAGCAGAUCCGGAUAUUUUGCCAAGAACUGAGAAUUUUGGAGUAGAUUAUGUUGCUUUUAGUGAGAUGUGUGCAGAUUGUCCACCACAAUACCUGGAGCUUGCUUUUACUUGUUGUCGAAUCAAUCCAGAUAGCCGCCCAAGUUUCAAAGAAAUUGUUCACCAAUUGGAGAAAAUGCUGAAUGUUAUCAGUUCCAUGUCUGGUGGAUCCCAAUUAUUCUAUCCACCAGUUGUGUAUACAUCAUGUUGGGAUGAUGGGGAUAAUAUUGACAGUGUCAGAGCUAUAUUUGCCCAUGGCUGGAAUAAGCUAGGUUCACCGCCAAAUAAAAUUCCACAAAUUAAUACUACUCCAGUUAAAAUGUCAAAUUCCAGUGUUCCUCAAACACCAGUAACACCAAAACACAUAGGAGAAGCAAUGUCUAUAUGCGAUCCUCAUUACAAGCCUAACAAUAGUUCUCAUAAUCCUUUUGCUUCAUUGCCAAGGUUUUGGAAAGGAAAGAAGUUCCUAGAGCCAUCUGUCAACGACGUUGAUUUAGCUCAUUCGAUGAAUUUCGAUUUGAUGUCUCCUCCUAAACGUAAUACUCUUGCACCUUCAGAAAUGCCAGAAACUAAGAAAGAACAAUCAGAUUCUUCAUCAAGCAAAAAGCCUGCAAAAAAUCUUUCUAAAUCCUUGCCAUCAUCUCCCGUCCUCCACAGAAAGUCAUCAAAAUUACAAACUCGUUAUUCUCACCUAUGCAAUGGGGAUAUGCCAGAUUCUCCAAGGUCUGUCUCGCCAUGUCCAUAUUCUUCCCCAACUGCCAUGUCUCCUUUUGAUGAUGAUUCCUUUUCCGUCCAAGAGCAAAUGAAUGACUGCAAACUAGAUGAUGCUUGUAGCCAAUUAAGUAAGAGUCACCUGGAGACAGUCCCUGCCAUUGCCUGCGAAUCUCCUGCAGUGGUAAAUUUCAGAACAAAGACUCCUUCUUUGUGUGCCAAAUUGAGACGGUCAUCUGGAGAAUCUGGUUUCUUUAGUGUUGGAGAUAGAAGUAGCAAUUGUGAUCUCUCCUUGGAGAUGUACCCUACACAAGAAGACCUACCUUCAUGGACCACUGACAGCAACGCAGAACUUCGCCUUAAUGAUUCACCCAAUGAUCUAAGACAUGUUGGCAGUGUGGAUGGUAGAAAUAGCACAUGUGAUUUGUCCUUGGACAGUUACAAUUUACCAGAAGAUAUGCCAUCUUGGACCACAGAUGGCAGUAUAGAACUUAAUGAUACUGAUGAUAGUGGACAACUUAACAGCAUGGGUGGCAGAAAACGGCCAUCAUCAUGUUAUUCUGAUGAUUCCUGCUGCUGUGGGAACCACUCGCCUAGUAUCUGUGAAGUUGAUUUGGAAUUGAACAAAGAACAAUUUAGAAAAUCUAAGGACAUUUUUUGCAGCUUGCCUGUCUGUCGAAAGCUAGACAUUCAAGGUUUGGCUAUGUGCGAUUGCACGUGCCAUUUAUGUAGCACUGACACUUACUGUGGAAGUAAAGUGUCCUGUGCUGUAGAAGAGCUGUCUAGUCAUGAUGAAACUGUACAGCCCAAUUUAGAAAUUAUAAAACUCAGUGAUUCUUCCCUUGCUAGGCAUCAUACUAGCACUGUGUUAUCCAAGACAUGUGAAAAAGGAAAGAGAAUUGCAAAAUGCAUGAGAACGUCUUCUGAUUAAGUAGCAGUGCUUCAAGAAACUUGCCAAAUAUGGAUUGAAGCAACAGAAUUCUGUAAAAACCAAGCCCAAGAAGGGUAGCAAAUCUUCUAAUUGAUUUUUUUAGUUAAUUUCUUUUUCAGUUGUAUACAGUGUGUGAAUAAUUUUUAAAUGCUUUUUCUAUUGUCAAAGAUGAAGAAAAUGAAUGCCAAAGAUAAGUACCUUAAGUAGAUGUAUAAUAAUUUAUUGGUAGAAUGAAAUUUUUGUAUAAAUUUGUAUAUAUGUUGUACAGAAUAUCUAAAAUUGUUUCCCUUGUAACAUUUACAUACCCUGAUAGGUUUCUCAAAGAAAUAACAUUAUGUACAUGUUUUUUGAAAUGUUGCCAUUAUUUUUCAAAUACUUUUAUAAAAGAAAAUUAAUCAGACUUCUUUUUUGCUGAGUUGUAAUUAAAAUUGUUUCAUUCCAUAUUUUUCUUUUUACAAAUAUUUUUCAGUUACUUGAAAAGUUAAUAUUCACUUUUCUGUAAUGUAUCUAAAUGUCCAUAUAAUAAUAAUAUUUAUGUAUUAAAUUAUAAAAUAGUCCAAUAAUGAUUCUAGGCUUCCUUGAAUUGGUAAUUUAUCUUUUAUAUGAAAUUACCAGCAUAUAUACUUGUAUAUGAUGGCAGGGAUCUGUAAAAAUAGUUAAGAGUUCUGUUGUGAAUUUUUUUUUAUAUAUAAUGUUAUUAGGUUAAUAAAAAAAGUUCCUAAAUUGAUUUUGUCUAAAAUUUACAUAGAAUUUAUUUAUUGUUUUAAUAUUUCUUCUAAAGCUAUCCUAGUAAAUUUGGACAAUCUAAGUACAAACAUAUAAAGUUCUAAAAAUAUAUUUCUAAUCAAAUGUUUUAACAUUAAACUAAUAUUAUCUUAAUAUAUAAAUUAUGGAAUAUUAGGAAAUAAUUAUUUUAUUUGUUAUUGUAUUUAUCUUACCUUUUUUUUUUUUCAAAACUUUAAAAAUUUUGACAUUUUGAGUCACUUGUAUAAAAAUUAUUUACGAAAGUCACCAUAAUACAAAAUAGAAAUUUUAGAUAUAAAUGAUUAAUCUAAUAUUUGUAUUAUUUCUGAAAUUUUAAGUAGCAAAUCAUUGCUGAAUAACAUAAUUUGGCAUUUAACAUAAUUUUCUAAUCAUCUCGGUGUAAUUUUGAAAUCAUUAAAUUAUUUUUAAGCCUCACUGAAAUUAUUUUAUGAUGUGCAUAACUAUACAUUUUAAUUAAAAUUAAAUCCAUUCUACUUAAAAUGACAAAGAUUUUAAAUUAAGUACAAAUUACAAUAAGCAUAUGCUCUAUUAUGAUCACAAAAAUAAAUAUUUAAUGCAUAUUAAUCUACAUAAAAAUUAGUUAUAGGCAAAAGUAUUUUUCUAAACACAAAAUUUAUCACGUUUAUAAAAUUUUAAAUUUUGUAGGUGGCAAAUAAAUUUCCAAUAAAAAUAUUUUAAAAUAUUUAUUUAAAUAUGAAAUUUAUAUGUAUAUCAUUUGUUUCGUAUUUACAGGAGAAUGCAUCUUAUUUUUUUGAAAUUUUUCUAAUUUAUUGUAUGAAUUUGUCUAUGUAAUAUCCAAGAAAAGUUAUCUUAUUUAAAUCUUCAGUGUAAAUAUGCACAUUUGAAUUUAAUAAAUUAAGUAUUUUGACAUUAAUAAAAAAUUUAUAAAGGAGAUUUAAUUUAUUUACUAGUUUGCAUUGUGGAUGUAUUUUGGAUUUUGAGUGAUGCAAAGUUUUAUGAUAUAUGUAACUAAAAUGAAUUGUCACAAAAGAUUCUUUAAAGUGUGAAACACUGUAUUUUGAAUUUGUUUCUUGAUGUUUUAUAUUUGUUAGUUUCUUCUCUUUAUGCCAGAUUAGCACUAAAAAAUGUAUUAUCAAUGAUAUUUUAACAUUUUCAUUGUACAUCUAUAAAUGCUGGAAGAUUUGUUUUCUCCAUAUUGUGUUUUCUAUUUGUGUUUGACUUGUUUUGAUACUGAAUUUGUUUGAUCCAUUACUUUAAAAAUGAUUUAAAUUUGAUUGAUGACUACUUUAAUGAAAUUUUUUUUAUGUAAAAUGUACAGAUUAAUAUUUGAAUGUGAUUCAACUAAAGUAUUUUUUAAGGAAUGAACUCAUUGACUUCAGAGCUUGGAACAUAGUUGAAAUAAAACUUUAUUUUAUCAGGUU